AUGGGGGUGGAGCAACAGUGGGUAGCGGUCCAGGAGAAGACAUUCACGAAAUGGUUGAAUGCUAAAGUCAGCGGUCGAGACGUAGCUGUCAAGAAUCUGGUCACAGACCUCUCAGACGGGGUCAUCCUCAUCCACCUCCUCGAAGUCCUCGGCAAUGAGUCCCUCGGCCGCUAUGCCUCCAAACCCAAACUGCGUGUCCAGCGCUUCGAAAAUGUCAACGUCGCCCUCGACUUCAUUAAAGCACGAGGCAUACAGAUGACAAACAUUGGGGCAGAAGACGUUGUGGAUGGAAACAGAAAGAUAAUACUUGGGCUGAUAUGGACGCUUAUUCUACGCUUUACGAUUAAUGACAUCAGUGAAGAGGGCAUGACGGCGAAGGAAGGCUUGCUGCUGUGGUGUCAAAGGAAGACGGCUUGUUAUGAAGGGGUGGAAGUACGGGAUUUCUCGGCUAGUUGGAAUGAUGGGCUCGCUUUCUGCGCUCUGCUUGACAUUCAUCGACCGGACCUGAUAGACUACGAGAAGCUGGACAAGAGCGAUCACCGAGGAAACAUGAAGCUCGCGUUCGAAAUUGCCUCGAAAGAAAUUGGCAUACCAGAUCUUUUGGACGUGGAGGAUGUCUGUGACGUUGCCAAACCAGACGAGCGGUCCCUCAUGACAUACAUCGCAUACUGGUUCCAUGCUUUCUCCCAGAUGGAACGAGUCGAGAACGCAGGCAGACGGGUCGAGAAGUUUGUUGCCAACAUGAACGGGGCUUGGAGCAUGCAAAAUUCUUUUGAGCAAAGGAUGAAGAAUCUGUUGAAAGAGAUCCAGGCUCAGCGGCAGGCAUGGAGAAUAGCAACUUUCAUAGGCACGUAUGUGGAUGCAAAAGAGCAGUCAAGCCAAUUCUCAGUGUACAAGAGAAGUCAAAAGCGGAAGUGGGUGGCUGAAAAGUCAGAUCUGGCUGCUCUGCUUGGAAACAUCAAGACGAAGAUGAGCACAUAUCGACUACGAGCCUACGAGCCUCCAGAGGACCUAAAGCUGGAAGUAUUGGAUAACGAAUGGGCCAUCUUGCUCAGAGCCGAGAGAGACAGAAGUCAGGUCAUCAACGAGACCAUUCGAGACAUCAAGAACGCUCUCCGCCGCACCUUCGCCGACAAAGCCAACGACUUCGCUCUCACCCUCUCCACCCUUUCGCUAGCCAUCGCAGGUCUUUCGGGCGAUCUUGCAGACCAGCUUGCCCAUGUCCGCCGUUUGCACAGCAACCUACCUCCCCUAUCCGAAUACCUCGAAACACUUGCCACUCUCUCCCACAAAUGCGACGAAGCUAACAUCGAAGAAAACGACUUUACCACCUAUACGUACGAUGAGCUAGCGUAUGAACUAGAUCUAGUACGAGGCAGUGUUGUUGGCAAGAUGGGCUUUUUGGAAAACCAAAUUGUUGCCAGGGAAAUGACAAACCUAACUCCCAUUCAGCUAGAAGAAUUUGAAUCGGUGUUCAGGCAUUUCGACAAGGAUCUCUCGAACACGCUGCACGAGCUCGAAUUUUCAGCGGCGUUAGCAAGUCUGAGUCUGGUCUACGAUGAGGAAGAGAUGCAUGAGCAAUUUAUGAGCAUUAGUUCUGGGAAGGGCUACGUCACGUUUGAGCAGUUCAUUCGGUUUAUGGUAUCUGUUACUGAAGACCAGAACACAGCGGAACAGGUGUUUCAGAGCUUCAGGGAGGUUGCAGAUGGCAAGCCCUACGUAACCGAACUCGAUCUCCGGCACUCCCUAAUCCCUGACGAGCUAGUCGAAGACCUUCUCUCGAGUAUGCCACAGCACAAAGGUCCCGAUCUGCAAGAAGACAGAAAUCUCCCCCAAGUACGAUUACAUCAGCUUCAUGGAGAAGAUGACGCAAGGCGAGAUGAAUACAAGCUCGAGGCCGAAUAG